AUGCCAUGGCACUCCGAACAAGCCAGGAAUAAGAGGAGAAGUAGAGAUGAUGACUUCAUCAGAGGCAGCAAGAAAGAGAAGUAUGACUGGAAUGCCAGACAAGCCAGCAGCGCUGGGGAGACGCGGCAGGAGGCCAGGUUCCUGCACCAUGACUCUGAUACUGGCCUUGGUUUGUGUGGAUGGAUCCUGGUGAUCACUUCACUUUUUUUCACUGUUCUUACAUUUCCUAUAUCAAUCUGGAUGUGCAUAAAGAUUAUAAAGGAAUACGAGCGAGCCAUCAUAUUCAGACUUGGACGCAUCUUAAAAGGGGGAGCAAAGGGACCAGGUUUGUUUUUUGUCCUGCCCUGCACAGACAGCUUCAUCAAAGUUGAUAUGAGGACCAUCUCUUUCGAUAUUCCUCCCCAAGAGAUCUUGACCAAGGACUCUGUGACAGUUAAUGUAGACGGAGUGGUUUAUUACAGAGUUCAGAAUGCCACCCUCGCUGUAGCAAAUAUCACAAAUGCUGACUCAGCCACCCGUCUUUUAGCACAGACUACUUUGAGGAAUGUUCUGGGGACCAAAAACCUUUCUCAGAUUCUCUCCGAUCGUGAAGAAAUUGCACACAGCAUGCAGGCCACGCUUGAUGAGGCAACAGAUGAUUGGGGCAUUAAGGUGGAACGUGUGGAGAUCAAGGAUGUGAAGCUACCUGUCCAGCUGCAGAGAGCAAUGGCUGCAGAAGCUGAAGCUGCCCGGGAGGCGAGAGCUAAGGUAAUUGCAGCUGAGGGUGAAAUGAACGCUUCCAGGGCCCUGAAAGAGGCAUCCAUGGUUAUUACGGAGUCCCCUGCUGCUCUUCAGCUUCGUUAUUUGCAGACCUUGACUACCAUCGCUGCGGAAAAGAACUCCACCAUCGUCUUCCCAUUGCCCAUAAACAUGCUGCAGGGCAUCAUAGGUGCAGAUCGCUAGGUAGAGUUGGAGGAGAGAGUUUGGGGUGGGUUUUCUUUUUUUUUUGCUACAGCGAAUGUUUGCAACGCUGAAUUCCCUGUGUGUUAUAGCUUAUGGCGGUGCUAACGAAGUGGAUUUGCUGAGGAACCUCUUUUGUUAUACUGUUUGUUAUAAAACUUACAUGUAAUGUUUGUGAAGAUGGACAAUCAAAAUAUUUGAAAUUGAAAACCUCUCAAAAUGAGUACAAACAGAUUGUGAUCUUAAAUAAGCGUGUAUCCAUACUAUCCUGGAUGGGGACACCUUUAAUAUAUAACCUCCCAUUUUCAAAUAGCAUAUAAAACCAUUUGUGGUGAAGAUGAGAUGAUCCAAUAUUUGGAAAGAGAAGUAUUCCUUUUAAUAAAUGGGUCUGCAGCCCUGCAAAGGAAGUGGAACAGCCCUAACUGUAUUCUCGUGGGAGCGUAGCUCUAUGAGAUGAAGUCAUCUGAUUGCUGGCCUGUGGAUUGGUUCUCUAGCUUACACAAGGAAAAGUAAUGGAAGCUGAUACAGGAGUGAGUGAGAAUACUGUACUGGGUACUUCUCAAAAUCAGGCUCGUACUCCCUAAAAUAGUCCCCCAUUCAUGAGAAACAGUUGUUAGCCACGUUACUGAAGUGGAACUUCCCAUCUCUGUUCUGCCACACAGAAAUGGCAUAAACAUGCCGUAGUUACGGAUACAAUACGCUUGCAGUCACUGAUGGGCUGUUCUGUUGUUGCGGUGGUAUGCCUGGAUAGGUUUAUGCUUCUUUAAAGCACUGAAGAGUUGUUGGGUCUGCCUUUAUCCGUCUCUCUUAAAAAUUAUGUUAAAAAGCCAAAGUACCGACUUCUGCAUUUUAUCCAGGUCUAAAACCGGCUUCCCUAGGAAGUAAGAUCUCUGUAAUUAGUGGGGGGUCGUGACGUUUAACCGAAGAUUCUCUAACUGUUCAUAUAUCUGUUCUAACAAAUUAGUGAUUUACCUGUUGAUGCUGAGCAGGCCUGUAGUAUUUGUUGUGACACUAAGGGCUUAUACUUAAUACCAAAAGCGUGUAAUCUUCAGUUCAUGUAGUCUUGAGCUGUAAGUCUGUUAAACUGUAUUCAUAUUUUGUACCUGUUCAGCAGAUGUAGUUACAGAUUAAAAGGAGAAGAACUAGAGUCUGUGUGGGGGAGAGGCUCUUCAGGCCACCACCAUCACCGAGUUUGGCAUCUGGUCUUUAAUUACUGGGAGGUGGCACUGAAAACGAAAAGCCAAGAUCAAUGAUAUAAGUGCCCUUCUCACACUGGCCAGCAUAAAGUUCCUAACUUGUUUU